UCCUCCCCUUAGACUCGGCGUUUUUCCCACAGUCCUUUUUGGAAGCCUUGAAUACUCGCGAGACUUGAGCGAGAGUUGGCUCUAUAAGCCUGUGAGAAGGUUCGCGGAAGACCCUUUCCUCCUUUUCCUCUAAGAUGGCGCCGAAGCCCAAGAAGGAAGCGGUUGUCCCCCCCAAGACAGAGGCCAAGGCCUUGAAAGCCAAGAAGGCAGUGUUGAAGGGUGUCCAUAGCCACAAAAAGAAGAAGAUCCGAACGUCUCCUACCUUCAGGCGACCCAAGACGCUGAGACUUCGAAGGCAGCCCAAAUACCCUCGGAAAAGUGCUCCUCGGAGAAACAAGCUUGAUCACUAUGCCAUCAUUAAGUUUCCCUUGACCACUGAGUCUGCUAUGAAGAAGAUUGAGGACAACAACACUCUUGUCUUCAUUGUGGACGUCAAGGCCAAUAAGCAUCAGAUCAAGCAGGCAGUAAAGAAGCUCUAUGACAUUGAUGUGGCCAAGGUCAACACACUGAUCCGGCCUGACGGAGAGAAGAAGGCCUAUGUCCGACUUGCUCCUGACUAUGACGCAUUGGACGUUGCCAACAAAGUGAGUAUAUGGAAGGUAGCCUCCCUCUCUGAACUGCUUCCCUCCCUGGGUGCAGGUGAUGAGUCAGAGUGACCAAAGCCUGAGCCUCAGUGAUUACUCUGCAUUGGCUGAUGCACCCCAUCCAAAAUGAGCAAUGGGCAGCCCAGUGGAACAUCCCGGGACCCAGUUAUCCACCCCUACCCCCAUUGUGUCACAGGUGUUGGGGGCUUCUUCCCUAUGUAAGAGCUUCAAGGUGCUGCUGCCCAGCUAGGGAGGUUUGGCGUCCCCUACGUGCUCUUGGUAACACUUCUGGCUUUUUUCUUUUCAGAUUGGAAUCAUCUAAACUAUCCAGCUAUCCUGCUCCACCUUCAAUAAAACAUUUCCAGUA